AUGAUGAGAUUUCUGAGACUAGUUCUACCUUCAAGACUUCUCAGUCUCAAUAGAUUUCUGGGUUUCAAUAAAUUUUCAACAUCUCAUUCUCAAAUCAUCAAGAAAAAUCACAAUUACAGAAAUUGCAGUUUUCACCCUAGAUACUUCAGUAAUAAAUCUUCAUCAGAACAAUUGGAAACUGCAAAGCUAACAAAACAACAAAAACAAGUUCUGGAAGAAGUUUCUAAAGGAAAAUCAGUAUUCAUUACAGGAUCUGGAGGUACAGGGAAGACAUUUUUGCUCAAACAAAUUGUUAAUCUUUUGAAACAAGAAGUCCAUAAACCUGAUGAAGUUUUUGUUACAGCUUCAACUGGUGUUGCUGCUUGUGCUUUAAAUGGGCAAACCCUUCAUUCAUUUGCUGGUAUUGGUUUAGGAGAAGAUGAUGAAGAUGAGUUGCUUGGUAGGGUUUGUAAAAAUAAAUUAGCUUCUCAAAGAUGGAAACAGGUGAAAGCUUUAGUUAUUGAUGAGAUUAGUAUGAUAAGUGGUGAACUUUUUGAUAAGAUUGAGUACAUUGCUCAGAUGUGUAAACCUAAAAGAAGGGGGGAAAUUUGGGGUGGAAUUCAAUUGAUUGUAAGUGGCGAUUUCUUUCAGCUUCCUCCGAUUAUUAAGUACAGUAAUGGUGAGGUUAAAGAGUUUGCAUUUGAAGCUGAAUGUUGGAAUGAGAGUUUUGAUUUGCAGAUUGAACUUACUAGAGUAUUCCGGCAAUCGGAUUCUCAGUUUAUUGAGUUGUUGCAAUGGAUUAGGAAAGGUUAUAGAGAUGCUAACAUGCUUAAGCUUUUAGAUAAAUGUUGUUUGAAUGAAUUGGUGAAUGUCCCUUCGGACGUGCCUCGUUUGUUUCCGAGAAAUGAAGAUGUUAAGAGAUUGAAUAAUGAGAGGUUGAAGAAUUUGGGUAAGGAAAUUGUUAGUUACAGAGCUGUGGAUAGAGGGGUUAAUCCAUGGAGGAAUCAGCUUCAACAAGGGAUUGCACCAGAUGUUUUGGAAAUUUGCCUAGGUGCAAGGGUAAUGUUGAUCAAGAACAAAGAUGUUGAGGCUGGUCUGGUGAAUGGUGCAGUUGGCACUGUAAUUGGAUUUGAUAGGGACUAUGCAAGUAAAGUGCUUAAAAAAAUGUGUGCAGAACGUAUACGGCCCAAGGUGCGAUUCGACUCUGGUUUGGAAAUGGUGAUUGAACCUGAUACUUGGGAAGUGACGGAAGGAAAUGAAGUUCAAGCGCAACGUGCACAGAUUCCGUUGAUUUUGGCGUGGGCAGUUAGUAUUCAUAAGUGUCAAGGAAUGACUCUCGACCGUUUACAAACUGAUCUGUCAAGAGCUUUUGGUUGUGGAAUGGUUUAUGUUGCACUUUCCAGGGUUAGGAGUUUGGAUGGUCUUUACAUGUCUGGUUUCAGUUCGUCAAAAAUCAAAGCACACCCUAAAGUGUUGCAGUUCUAUAAGGGUCAAAUUGGGAGCUAA